GGUUCCGUGGCCACCCCCGCCCCGCGGCGCCGCCGGCCGCGGCCCAGCCGGCUCCGGCCGCCCCGAAGUUCACACCGGCCGGCGGGCUCUGCGGCAGGGCUGGCGCGCACCAGGUGGCAUGCCCGCCUCCCUCCGCUGCCCUCCCCCUCCAUCCCGGACAAUUCCGCAGGCCCCUGGCACUCUCGCCCGCGGCCGGCGCCCAGGGCGCAGAGCUGAAGGGAGCUCGCGAGGCGCCUUCUGUUUACCUUUUAUGGUUAAAAUAACAGCUUAGCAAAGAAGCGACUUCACGAAGAAGCGAUUUAGUGAAAUCGUCUCAAGCUGCCGCAGCUCAGCCAGUUUAAUCACCCCCAGAGAGCUGAACAACUGCGAACACAAUGGGACACAAAAUCAUUUUUGGUGUCGGGGAAAGGGUCGUUGUCCAGCACAGAUGCGUUGGCCGGAGGCAGCCCUGGAGGUUCUGGCAGAGGCGUAAAGCCUGGGGCUUCCAAUGAUACUCUGGGCAGCGAUGGAAGCCUAGAUGCCUCACCGCAAGGAGCGGCCGAGCGGGUCCUCGCUUCACGCCCACGGCAGCGCCAGCACUGCGGAGGGAGGAAGCAUGUCCCGGUUGUCUCUUACCCGGUCGCCCGUGUCUCCCCUGGCCGCCCAGGGGAUCCCACUGCCAGCCCAGCUCACCAAGUCCAACGCACCCGUGCACAUCGACGUGGGUGGCCACAUGUACACCAGCAGCCUGGCCACGCUCACCAAGUACCCUGACUCCAGAAUAAGCCGCCUCUUCAAUGGCACUGAACCCAUCGUCCUGGACAGUUUAAAGCAACAUUAUUUCAUCGACCGGGAUGGGGAGAUUUUCCGCUACGUCCUGAGCUUCCUGCGGACGUCAAAACUGCUGCUCCCAGAUGACUUCAAGGACUUCAGCCUGCUCUACGAGGAGGCGCGGUACUACCAGCUGCAGCCCAUGGUGCGCGAGCUGGAGCGCUGGCAGCAGGAGCAGGAGCAGCGGCGCCGCAGCCGCGCCUGUGACUGCCUGGUGGUGCGGGUCACGCCGGACUUGGGUGAGCGGAUCGCGCUCAGUGGCGAGAAGGCCCUCAUCGAGGAGGUUUUCCCCGAGACCGGGGACGUCAUGUGCAACUCUGUCAACGCCGGCUGGAACCAGGACCCCACGCACGUCAUCCGCUUCCCGCUCAACGGCUACUGCCGGCUCAACUCCGUGCAGGUCCUGGAGAGGCUGUUUCAGAGGGGCUUUAGCGUGGCUGCAUCCUGUGGGGGUGGCGUGGACUCCUCCCAGUUCAGCGAGUACGUGCUUUGCCGUGAGGAGCGGCGACCGCAGCCCAACCCUACUGCGGUCCGGAUAAAGCAGGAGCCCCUGGACUAGGCCCUGCCUCAGUGCCCACCUGAGGCCGUGUGGCCCUGGGGAACCCCCCGGGGCCCUGGAAACGGUGCUGGGGAGUUCUGCCUGUGCCUGCUUAGCAGUGGGCGUGAGACUGAGGGUGGGGCUGGAGCGUCCAAAGCCAGCCCAGGGAACCCCAGGUAUCAUGGCAACAGAACGUGGGGCGCCGGAGGCAUGCCCGCGGAAGGACCGUUAAUGUGACCCAAAGAUGCUGCGGUGGGGACAGUUCUCGGGGCACUGCGGCUCCCCGGCCUGGCACAGCGUUCUCCAAGGCAGGGUCAGCAGAGGCCUCCCGGCCCACUCCGGAGGAGCCGUUCAUCCUUCUCCACGCGUGGCAGACUCCGCGGGGUCUCCUUGCGUCACAGAUGGCUUAUUUUUCUACAGUAUUUAAGAUGGAAGUAACUAACUGCACAAGCCAGAGAGGCCGACAAGGACCAACGCUUCUUCAUCUGGUGCUCAGUUCUUAGCCGGACGUGUGCGUGCCCCCGUGGCAGAGGAGCUCCCGGGGGCCGGGGCCCAGGUGCCCGCAGAGUGGGGCUUGGGAGACCUCUGGUCCCUGUUCCAGAGACAGAGGCAAGAGUGGCAAUACCAUAGGAACAGAAGCAGGGCCCCCACGGGGCAGGGCUGCUGGGAGGAGGGCUGGGUGGGUGUGGGGGAUGGAUGGCUCUGGAACCAUCCGAGACCCUCACCUUUGCUGCCACCCAGGGUGCAGGCCACACUUGGUGAGUCACCUGACCUACCAAUACCCUGGGGCUUCCAGUCCUGCGUGUACUCACACCCGGGCUUCUGCAGAAGUCUCUCCCCAUCCAGACCAGCCACAGGGCCACACCGCAUCCUUACCUCAGGAACGGGCCCCACGGUGAAGGGGCCCAUGUGUCAGCGUCCUCUGGGUCCCCAGCUCAGGAAGCCGUCCCCAGCUCCGAUUUUCCCACACUAAUAUGCACACUGAAUUUGAGUUAAACCGUUCCACUAGCCUGCCAAUAAGACUGGGACACAAGGCAUACCUGGGGCUGUUGGCCCCGGAUUCCAACAAGGACUGGCCCCGAGGGGUGCUCACAGACCUGCUCCCUCCCAGACGACAGGCCCAAAGAUGGACACCCCUGGCCUUGUCACCCUUCCCUGCGCCGCUGGCUCCACCCGGGUGGGGAAACCUCGGAGGGGCGCCCCAGCCAGCCCCGCGCUGUGUAACAACGCCUGUAGACUUGUAUAUGACUCCUUUAAUAUUGUAAAGAUGCCGAUGUACAAUUGUCGUGUGUUUGUGUAAACACAUUACGUUCCUAGUUCAUGCCAUAAAUGAUGCUAUAAAGCGAA